UGCGCACACCUCUCCUAGCUUGAAAAGCUAAUAAGGGGUUGGGGCAAUUGCUCCUAGCUCCUCCUUUGUCGAGAGCGUGUCGUUUUGUGGCUGUUGGAGCCGGCUGUGAGUAGGAAGGGAUGCCCUUUGGCAACCGCAGAGAUGUCAACUUUGACGAGACCCAAUAAUAGUUCGGACCUGAAGAGUUUCCCUACUCCCAUUAAGUCACAAAGUAAUCCUUCAUCAGGUUCAUUUAUGAAUGAGGCGUGUUGCCAGGCUCCACCAGCCUUCUAUUCAGUGAAACCCAUCCAGCAUAAAUCAGAGAUAAUCAAUAGCCAGCCUCUUCCCAUAUCUGACAAUGGCAAAAGGAAAAAGAAAAAGAAAACAAGAGCUACAGAUCAUUUCCCUGGAAGGUUUGAAGAUUUGUACAAGCUCACUGCAGAGAUGCUUGGUGAAGGCUCCUAUGCCAAGGUUCAGGGAGCAGUUAGUUUGCAGACUGGAAAGGAAUAUGCCGUCAAGAUAAUUGAAAAAAAUGCUGGCCAUAGUCGGAGUCGGGUAUUUCGAGAGGUGGAAACAUUGUAUCAGUGUCAAGGCAAUAAAAACAUUUUGGAAUUAAUAGAGUUUUUUGAAGAUAGUGUAAGGUACUACCUUGUGUUUGAAAAACUGCGAGGAGGCUCUAUCCUGACUCAUAUACAGAAGCAAAAGCAUUUUAAUGAGAGGGAAGCCAGCCAGGUGGUGAGAGACAUUGCCUGUGCAUUGGAUUUCUUGCACACAAAAGGUAUUGCACAUCGAGAUCUAAAACCUGAGAAUAUACUCUGUGAAUCUCCCAAUAAGGUAUCACCUGUAAAAAUUUGUGACUUUGAUCUUGGAAGUGGGGUCAAACUUAACAGUGCAUGUACUCCAAUCUCUACUCCUGAACUGACUACUCCGUGUGGGUCUGCAGAAUACAUGGCACCAGAGGUGGUGGAGGUCUUCACAGAAGAAGCCACAUUCUAUGACAAGCGAUGCGACCUCUGGAGCCUAGGUGUGAUUUUGUAUAUCAUGCUAAGUGGCUAUCCUCCAUUUGUGGGUAAUUGUGGUACAGACUGUGGCUGGGACAGGGGAGAAGUCUGCAAAGUUUGUCAGAAUAAGCUUUUUGAGAGUAUCCAGGAAGGCAAGUAUGAGUUUCCUGACAAGGAUUGGUCUGGCAUCUCCAAUCAAGCCAAAGAUCUCAUCUCAAAGCUCUUGGUUCGUGAUGCCAAACUGAGGCUUGGCGCUGCCCAGGUUCUAGAACAUCCCUGGGUACAAGGUCAUGCUUCUGAAAAAGGAUUACCUACACCCCAGGUUCUUCAAAGGAACAGCAGCACAAAAGAGUUGACUCUUUUUGCUGCUGAAGCUAUUGCUCUGAACCGCCAACUCUCCCAGCAUGAAAAUCAGCUCAGUGAAGAACAGGAAAGUCUCACACAGGCCAUAUGCUCCAUGAAGCUUUCUCCUCCCUCUAAAUCCCGCCUCGCCAAACGUAGAGCCAUGGCUCAGGCUACCAAAUCCAGUGACUUCCAGCCCGCUCCUCAGGCAGCUCUUUAAUGUACAUUUUACAUUUGUUAAUUCAAGGUUAGGUUUGGUUAUAACUGUGGUAGGGUACUCAUCACUGAUCAAUAUAUUAGUGCCCUCUUUACGACAUAUAAACUUUAGAAACAAACCUUGGAGGAGAAUGAUAUAAAGGACAGCUUCUUUAGAAUUUUCAUUAAACGGAUGAAUGCUUUGAAUUCUGUGAAGUUCUUAGAUGAAAUUGCUGCUCUGUUGCAAUAUAACAAACCACUUAGGCAAUAUUUGCACACUCCCGUCCAAAACUAGAGGAUACAUCUCUGUUGCCAAGCCUUGUGACUAAUAGAACUUUGAAUUUAAAGGGUAUUGAGGGAGCUUUCAGUACUUUUACCACUCUGAGUCCCUACUUGCAGUCACACAAAAAUUGUAAUGGGUUUAUUUUAGAGAAAUGUCAUUGUUCUGCUCUUUUUUUUAAAGCUUUCUUUGUCUAUUAACAGUUUGAGUUAAACUUCAAAGGACUUGAAUAAUAAUUACUCUUGGAGUUGCACCUAAUGUUGUUACCCUUUAUAAUAUUACAGAGAUGUCUAUUGUAAGAAUGAAGGUUAUUUAAUCUGGAGUUUCCUUUUUUCCUUCCUUUCAUUAGAAAAGGUACAGUACAUGAAAGUGCAUUGAUAAUAUGACCAUGUUUUUUAUCUACAA